GUCGGAAUUACUAAUAUUCGAAUACUUUCCUAGUACGACGACGAUCUGCUUCUCUCUGGUAAAAAGUAAAUGGUGUUGUUUGGAAACUAAUUUAACUACAGUCUACAGAUAAUUGCUUGCGGUGAAUUUCCUUUUCACAUUUUCCUUUGUUUUGUGAGAUUAUUUUCAUUUUGCGAUCUGUACAAAGCUUUUGCCCUCUCUCUCUCUCUAAAAUCAGUCGUAAAUUCUUUCUCGCUCCGAUUUUGUAUCUUUACUGCGAAGAACCGCCGCUUCAACGCCGCUGCUGGUCGUCGUUUCCACCGAGAUGAAAGAGACUAAAGAUCGGACGAGGACGGAUAGAUCUUCUAAAUCUCCAUCAACGGACUCGUAUCCGCUUGUUCUAGACAUUGAUGACUUUAAGGGUGACUUUUCAUUCGAUGCGUUGUUUGGAAACUUAGUAAAUGAGCUGCUGCCUGCUUAUUUAGAAGAUGAAACAGAUACUUCCGAAGGUCAUGGUGCAAAUGACGCAAUGUCGAAUGGUCAUUUACGAAUUCCUGAUGCUGGAAAAUCAGCGCCAGGCGUAUCAAGCCCACUGUUUCCUGAAGUAGAUGCUCUCUUAUCUUUGUUUAAGAAUUCGUGUACGCAGUUAGUUGAUCUUAGGAAACAGAUUGAUGGGAAGCUCUACAAUCUCAAAAAGGAAGUUUCUACCCAAGAUUCUAAGCACCGGAAAACACUUUCUGAGCUGGAGAAAGGUGUCGAUGGCUUAUUUGAUAGUUUUGCAAGGUUGGAUUCACGUAUAUCAAGUGUUGGCCAAACUGCUGCUAAGAUAGGCGACCAUCUGCAGAGUGCUGAUGCCCAGAGAGAAACAGCUAGUCAGACUAUAGACCUCAUUAAGUACUUGAUGGAGUUCAAUAGCAGUCCGGGUGACCUCAUGGAACUUUCACCCCUAUUCUCUGAUGAUAGUCGGGUUGCUGAAGCAGCUUCAAUUGCACAAAAACUGAGAUCAUUUGCCGAGGAAGAUAUUGGAAGACAAGGCAUUGCUGUCUCAGUUAUUGGGAAUGCAGCUGCAAGCAGAGGAUUAGAAGUGGCAGUUGCAAAUCUCCAAGAAUACUGCAAUGAACUGGAAAACAGAUUGUUGUCCAGAUUUGAUGCAGCAUCACAAAAACGGGAAUUAUCUACAAUGGCAGAAUGUGCAAAAAUUUUGUCGCAGUUCAACAGGGGUACCAGUGCUAUGCAACACUAUGUGGGCUUACGCCCAAUGUUUGAUUUGGAGGUCAUGAAUGACGACGCCCGAUUGGUUCUUGGUGACCCCGGUUCUCAACCUAGUCCUAGCAAUGUUUCACGUGGACUCUCUGCAUUAUACAAAGAGAUCACAGAUACUGUGCGGAAAGAAGCAGCAACAAUAACAGCAGUAUUCCCUUCACCAAAUGAUGUCAUGUCAAUCUUGGUUCAGCGUGUUUUGGAAGACCGCAUUCCUAAACUUCUUGAGAAGCUAUUGGUAAAACCGUCUCUACUUAAUCCACCUUCCAUGGAAGAAGGCGGACUUAUAUUAUAUCUGAGAAUGCUGGCAGUGGCAUAUGAGAAGACACAGGAUCUUGCUAGAGAUUUACAUAGCGUGGGGUGCGGUGACUUGGAUGUUGAAGGCUUAACGGAGUCUCUGUUCCUACCGCAUAAAGAUAUAUACAUAGAGUAUGAGCAGGCAUCUCUCAGGCAACUGUAUAAAUCAAAGAUGGAGGAACUACGGGCUGAAAGCCAGCAAUCCUCUGAAUCAUCAGGGACAAUUGGACGCUCUAAAGGAGCUACCAUAUCAUCUUCCCAGCAGCAGAUAUCUGUUACUGUGGUGACAGAGUUUGUACGUUGGAAUGAGGAAGCUGUAUCUAGAUCUACUUUGUUUUCAUCACAGCCAGUGACAAUUGCCGGUAAUGUGCGGGCUGUUUUCACUUGCCUUUUGGACCAGGUCAGUCUAUAUAUAACAGAAGGUCUGGAAAGAGCCCGAGAAAGCCUGACUGAAGCUGCAGCGUUGAGGGAACGGUUUGUUUUGGGAACUAGUGUUAGUCGAAGAGUUGCAGCUGCAGCUGCUUCAGCAGCAGAAGCUGCUGCUGCAGCAGGUGAAAACAGUUUCAGAUCGUUUAUGGUUGCUGUACAGCGUUGUGGAAGUAGUGUAGCUAUUGUUCAGCAAUACUUUGCAAACUCCAUUUCUCGACUUUUACUACCUGUCGAGGGUGCACAUGCUGCUUCCUGUGAAGAAAUGGCCACAGCUAUGUCCAGUGCAGAAGGUGCUGCUUAUAAGGGGCUUCAACAGUGCAUUGAAACAGUGAUGGCUGAGGUUGAGCGACUGCUAUCAGCUGAACAAAAAGCAACAGAUUAUCGGUCCCCUGACGAUGGCAUAGCUCCUGAUCACCGACCGACUACUGCCUGCACAAGGGUUGUUGCUUAUCUUUCCCGUGUGCUUGAGUCUGCCUUCACAGCGCUUGAAGGUCUUAACAAGCAAGCAUUCCUUACUGAACUGGGAAAUCGCUUGCAUAAGGGGCUACUGAGUCAUUGGCAGAAAUUCACUUUUAAUCCAAGCGGAGGGUUGCGGCUUAAGCGUGAUAUAACGGAGUACGGAGAAUUUGUUCGCAGUUUUAAUGCUCCAACGGUGGAUGAGAAGUUUGAGUUGCUUGGCAUCAUGGCCAAUGUCUUUAUUGUUGCUCCUGAAAGUCUGUCAUCUUUAUUCGAGGGAACACCAAGCAUCAGAAAAGACGCUCAAAAGUUUAUUCAGCUCAGAGACGACUACAAGAGUGCAAAGCUGGCGGCUCGGCUCAGCUCGUUGUUUGUGUGAUGAAGUAAAUAGGUAAAUAUGAACAGUUGAUUAGUUGUUCACAUAAGCUGUUUUGGCCCAGUUUCGUUUUCUCCGCAUUUAGUUUUUAUAAGUGUAGCGAAAUAGAAUUUAUUUUCUUGGUCCUAGAAAUUAAAUCAAAUUUAUAAUUAAAACUUGUACAAACUAUUUAAUCAGGGGGUGUGGGGCUUGUAUUUAUUGAUAUGUAUUUGCUUUGUGAGUGUUUAUAAACACAUUUUGAUCUGCUAAUUUAUUUCACCGGGUCUAGCAUUUAGCUGA